AUGGAUGUAUCAAAUGCGUCAGCACCGAAUGAUCCUAAAGCAGGACAGCAAAACCGCAAGCGAAAGCCUCUGUCAUUCUUUCUUGCUUUUACAGCUCUGCUAUUGAUGGUUUUCUUGGUAUCACUGGAUGCCACCACGUUGGCCGUUGCAAUCUCGGUCAUCACUGAUGAACUUUCGGGGACAACUUUGACCGUGUUUUGGGCCAACAUCUCCUUCACCGUAGCAGUCAUUAUCAUCCAGCCGAUCUAUACUAGUUUUUCCGACAUCUUUGGGCGUAAGAUUCCACUUUACGCAGAAUUUACGCUUUUUGGUAUUGGGUCAAUCGUCUUUGACGUCGCGCACAACAUGGCUAUUGUCAUUGUUGGACGCGUACUACAAGGCCUGGAUGGAAGUGGGCUCGAUGUCCUGAGUGAAGUCAUAGUCGCCGAUAUGACUACUCUUCAAGAGAGGGCUGUAUAUAUUGGGCUACUAUCGCUUCCAAUGGCCGCAGGUUGCAUCGCAGGUCCCAUUCUCGGUGCCGUUUUUAGUGAGUAUGUUACGUGGCGGUGGAUCAGAUGGAUUAAUCUGCCUAUAAUUGGCAUUGCCCUGUUUCUGGCUGUUUUCUUUAUGCGUCUCAGGCCCACUAACCAGACUUUUCACUCCCAGUUUACCUGUAUAGAUUGGCUUGGAAUGUUACUCUUCACCGGAGGAUGUGUAUUAUUCGCCCUACCCCUUAGCUGGCCAGGGAAUAUGUAUCCUUGGGGCUCGUGGCGAACCAUCGUCCCACUGAUCAUUGGUAUUUUGAUAUUAGUAGCAUUUGCAUUUUACGAGUCUAAUCAGACUAAUGCUGUGUUCCCCUACCGGAUCUUCCGGUCGAGGACGGCACAGAUCUCUCUGCUUGGAAGCUUCAUUCAUGGCUUCGUUCUUUAUUCUCUUUUCCAAUACCUUCCACUGUUUUUCCAAGCGGUCUACCUUGAAACACUGUUCAAGUCCUCUAUCUCUAUUCUCCCAUUCUGCUGUGUGGUCUUCGUCUUUACAGGAAUUGCCGCCUUUGGUGUGGACUGCUUCCGGAGAUACCUGUGGGAAAUUUGGACUGGAUGGGUAUUCCUCGCUGUUGGCUGUGCCAUGACUGCUAGUUUCCAGGUAAUUGCUGGAAUUGGCAUUGGCACGAUAUUCAGUGUUCCUCCAGUCCCAAUGCAAGUCAGUGCUGCAUCCGAUGACUAG